GAGAUGAAAAAUGUGCGAGAGGAAUACCGUAAAGGACCGUGGUCAGAACAUGAGGACAUCCUCUUGGUCAACUUUGUCCACAUGUUUGGAGAUCGAAGAUGGGAUUUUGUAGCAAAAGUUUCAGGUUUGAAGGUGGAGGGAGAAACAUGAUAAGAAUAGGUAUAGCCGUAUAGGGCUUGUGUUUGGAAAAAUGGGCGGUCUCUGGAAAAGACCUUCCAUUUUAAAAGUCUAACCUAGUUUUGGUUGUAGGUUUAAACAGAACAGGAAAGAGCUGCAGGUUAAGGUGGGUUAAUUACCUACAUCCUGGUCUUAAACGUGGUAAGAUGACUUCUCAAGAAGAGCGUCUUGUCCUUGAGCUUCAUGCCAAAUGGGGAAACAGGUGGUCAAAAAUUGCAAAGAAGUUGCCGGGCCGAACAGAUAAUGAGAUAAAGAAUUAUUGGAGGACUCAUAUGAGGAAGCAGGCACAAGAGAAGAAGCGACCUAUGUCGCCAACUACCUCAUCUUCAAACUGCUGCUCAUCGUCUAUGACCACUGCAACUACUCAAGACACUGGAGGGUCCAAUGGGAAAGUGAAUCAAGAAUGCGAUGAUGGAUACUACUCUAUGGAUGACAUAUGGAGGGAGAUUGAUCAAUCUGGAGAAAACAUUAUUAAACCGGUAAGAUGGGAAAGCUCAGAGCAAAGCUGUUACUUGAACUUCCCUCCUCUGGCUUCUCCAACAUGGGAAAGCUCCUUGGAGUCUAUAUGGAACAUGGGUGCAGAUGAAAGUAAGAUGUCUUCUUUUGCCAUUGAUCAGUUUCCCCUAAGUUUUGAACAUGGUAGAUCAUCAUGGUCGUCUCUUUAGUCUAGGAUUUGAUUCAUUUGAAUGUUUAUAUGUGAAGCCUAUAUAUAUAUAUGUGUAUUAUCAUAUCCAUCUCUUUUCCUCAAAAAGAGAUGUUUUUCUUUUCAUGGAAUUUUAUGUGUAAUAUAAUUCAGAACUCUACUUUCAAAAUGAAUUAGACUUUGAUG